AUGAGUAUUAUUAUUGGAGGUGGAAAAGGUUUUAUUGGACAACGUUUUGUACAAUUAUUACGAGAAAAAGGUUUUCAAAACGUUUGGAUUGUAUCACGAAAAUCUGAUGGAAAAGGAAAUACUUUAACAUGGGAUGAUAUUCGUAGUGGAAGUAUACAGUCAUCAGCAAAACCAAUAAAAGCAAUUGUAAAUUUAGCUGGUGCACCGCUACUUAGUUUUCAGCGUUGGACUGAUGCAUAUAAAAAUGAAGUUAUUCAAAGUCGUAUAGAUACAACAAAAGCAUGUGUAGACUUCGUUAGAUCUUUAAAAAACGAGAAACCAGAAUUAUUUGUAUCAAUGUCUGGCGUAAGUUAUUAUAAACCAGAUCCAGUUAAAGAAUAUACUGAAACAUCUCAAGGUGGUGAUUAUGAUUUUCUAUCAAGAUUAGCAAGAGAUUGGGAGAAAGCAUCAGAACCGAUUGAAACUGAUUUAAACACUAGAAGAGUUAUUCUUCGUGCCGGAGCAGUACUUGGUUCAAGCGGAGGCAUGAUUAGAUCGAUGUAUUGGCCAUUUUUUUUCGGUGUAGGAGGCUCUAUUGGUAAUGGCCAGCAACCAUUUCCAUGGAUUCAUCUUGACGAUGUCUGUUUAUUGAUAAUAUAUGCCAUACAAAAUAAUCACGUGAAGGGAAUUUUAAAUGCAUGUGCACCUGAAUUAACGACGAAUCGAGAAUUUUCUCAAGCAUUUGCUCGUGCAUUCAAACCAUCGCGUUUAGCUAUUUUCCCAAUGCCUGAAUUUGUUAUGAAUACUCUUCUUGGUUCAGAACGAGCAAUUGUAGCAACACAAGGCCAAAAAGUUAUUCCGCGUGCUACAUUAGAAACUGGUUAUACGUUUAAAUAUCCGACUAUGAAAGAAGCGAGUCAAGAUCUAACAAAACUAUUUCGUUGA